AUGCUCAAUCAAAAUAAUGUUCAUAAUGAUCGAUUGAUUCAAGUAUUUUCCUGCGACAUGCUUGAUGGAAGUAUCCAAUAAGAUAGAUGGAAAAAGGGAAAGCUCUUCAUUAUGGAAAAAUCAUUACAUUUCUCAUCUCUCUUUAAUUAUUCUACAACUACAUUUGGAUUCAAUCAAUAAAUCACUAAAUUACAAUGUACAUACUUCUACCUAUCUAAGAUUCAUAAAUCAAAGAAUUUGAUGAAAAUGAUGAAAAUGAUACCUUGAUAAUUACUACUCACAAAUAAAAUUAACUAUAUUUUAGAAAUUUCUAUGCACAAAGACCAUAAAUUAUGGAAAUCUUGAGGACCAUUAAUUUAAAAAAUGAAGAUUUUGAACCCAUCCUUGAAAAUGACUCAUUUGAUUGGGAUGCCUAUAAUAAUUUCAGCUAACAAAUUCUUCCUUAAUUAUUAAGGCUUAAGGAUGGGAAUUAAUACAAUCCACCUACUACUUUCGAAAUAGAAGGAUUAGAUAUUCAUGAAGUCUUUGCUUUACUAUAUGAUGAUGUCCCCUAUUAACCAAGUUAAUAUUUCAACCUUGCAAUAAAAGAAGUCGAUAAAACAAAAUAAUAUUAAAAUGUACUUCAUUUCUUUUUUGAAUAAAUUCUUGGAGAUUAAUCAAUAAAAUGCGAUCCUUACAUUCCCUAAGUACCUGAAUACUUAAGAACAGGAAAUUAAUCCAAAGGGCCGACUCAUUAAUAAUAAUAAAUUGAAAAUUUACCCACUAGAACUAUUAAUUACGUGCAUCCUACAAAAUUACCAUUCUUUGGUACUAUUAAUCCUAAGGUAAAAAUGGUUCAAAGAUUACUUUUGAUUAAUUAAAAUGAAUUUAUUGUCUAAGUCUAAUCAGAAACCUCAGGAUUACCUAAGAGUGAUUGUUAUAAAAUGAUGUCACAUGAAAAAGCUAUUAGAAUUGGUCAUAAAAAAUUGUAUAUAUGUUAUUUAAUUCACCCUUAGUCGUAUUGAAUGUACUUUCACUAUUGAAUGGUCAUAAAGAAUUAUGAUUAUUUCUAGUUAAGUUGAUAAUGCAGGUGCAAUUGAAUCAAAAAGAGUUCUUGAAACAUAUUACAUACCAUAUGCUAGAGCAAGAUUAGCAGAAUCAUUAAAAUUAAAAGAAUAAUAUUAAUAAUAAUAAUACUAAUAAUAAUAAUAAUAAUAAUAAUAAUAAUAAUAAUAAUAAUAAUAAUAAUAAGAUUAAUUAAAUUCAAGUCAAAUUAUUGCUGAUCAACCUUCGAUGGUCCACAUAAGAAGAUAAAUUAAAAGUGAAAGUUAGAUUUUCUAGUAAAAAUUUUAAAUUAGUCCUCAUAAAAAUCAAGAUCUAAAUUAUGAAAGAAUUUAAGAGUUAGAUUCAAAAUAAUAAAAAUUAGAAAACUAAGUCAAACAAUUAUAAUUAUAAAUUGUCCUAUAAGAAAAAUAAAUCAAAAAAAUAAGUGAUGAAUAACAAGCUUUAAUAUUGAUCAGUAGAACAUUAGGUAUAGUCAUUUUAUUUAUUCUUUUAACUAAUUGGCUAAUGAAAUGA